UGAAGUGAAGGCUGGCAUGAGGCCUGUUUGAGAACAAAGAGGAAGAGAAAGUUGGAAAGGGAGAGAGACAUCCAGAGAGGGAGCACCUCCCGCCCAGACUGGACAGCCUCUAUUGAAGGGAAAGCCAGGAGAGCAGAGAAUCAGGCCUAGAGGUUGAGCCCUGGCCCCUCGAUGGUCAGAGAACAGUCAGGGUGUUCUUUCUUCUUUAUCUGCCUAUAUGCAUGGUAAACGCCGCGUCCUCCGGUGGAAGCUGCGGUGCAGUCAGCAGUUCCUGUAGGGCAGCUGCAGGCCCAUGUUCCCCCUCUGCCCGCCUAGGAGGAAAUGUGGGGUACCAGUAAAUGGGAGUAACUUGGGGGUCCUUUGAGUUUAAUGGAUGUUUAUAACAUGUCAUACCUGCAAUUGGUCACAGCUUUUCUGGGGAGAAUGUUUAGUGAGAUAUUCGAUCCUCUAAUCUCCAAAGUUCUGCUUUGGUUGUUGGCCUUGAGGGGGACUGUUUAUUUCGGGUCAUCCUGAGUAGAGGUGUCCCCUCCUCGGAGAUGCCAUCUCUCACCGCUCCUCCCUCCUCAUCCCCCCUAUGCCUUCAGCACUGAGCUCCUUCCACCACUACAGAUCUAGAUUCUCGUGUUCUGCUUGCUUUUUACUUACUUGCGCCUCCAGAAUGUAACUUGCCUGCAUUCCCAAGGUUCAGCAUAUGGUCCUCUUCCUGGGAAGUGUUUUCACGUGGAAAAUACUAGAUAAUUGUUAAAUGAAUACUAGGAAUGGGAAGUGGAGAAAAAUACACAAAAAAAAUUAUGCGGUGGAGACUUGGUGGAUACCGUUAAGAAACAAAAAAUAAAAGCAGAAUGAAAAUGGCCAGUUCCCUUCUCUGGCUUUUGGAACAAUGAGGGACCCAACUGUCAGCCUGGGUUCUGCUGGUCGUCCCCAAACUCAGUGUGGGCUGUGAGGCUUCUGGUUCUGGGGUCAGGUGCUUCCCAUUAUCACCUGAGAUGUUAGUAAUUCUCAGGAAAUGGGGCCAUUAGGGGCCAGGAAUUCCAGUUCCAUCUGGAGUCUGCCGUCCUGUUGCUUUUCGAUGAGCAGAACUCCCUUCUAGGUGAGCCUGUGUCGUGAUUUUUGGUGAACAUUACUCAGGAGAGGAAGCUCUUGCUGUCAUUUAUUGAAAGGUGACUCCAUCCCCAGGCAUUCAGCUGGGUGCUCAUUUUAUCACCCCGCCAGGUGGGGUUCUGCAUCCUUGUUUUGCAGGUGGCAAACCUGGGGUGACUGGAGGAUGGACUCAUCUGCUGGGGCUCCUGUUCACUGGGAUUUGAGCCCAUUCUUGCUAGCUCCCCCUCUGUGCUGCGGGAUCUGAUCCUGCAAAGCCGCUCCUUCCUCUCCAGUCCUGGCUUCCUCUCCAGUCCAGUCCUCGGCGAGCACCAGCCAACUGCCGCAGGCUGCCCUCAGAGCUGCCUUGCUCACCUCCGGGCAUGUGGUUCUGUAAAGAAUCCAGUGGAAGCUAUAGACCUUUCCAGAAGAGUGCACAUGUACUCCACGAGGACAAUUCCAGGGCUAAAUGAACCUCUCAGUUCCUAGCCUGCCGGUUAAGAACUACUUCCUCCCUGCCAAAGUGCAGCUUCGGCUAGAGAAAGGCUCUUCUAGAGCUGUGAGAGUAACAGGAGCCACUGCCGCAGCCCCAGAGGUGCUGACAUCUUGCUUCUGUAGUAGACGGCGGGUCUCUGGGGGCCACGCUCCAGCCGACGUGCAACCUUAACCGUAGCCCCAGCCAGAAAGCCACCAGGAAGUGAACCCCAGCGUCCAGGAGCAGGGUGGUGCCACCACCUGGGGGGCUGCCCCAGGAAAAGCUGCUCUGGGGAGAUGGAGAGUGGCUUGCAACCUCUCUGCUUCUUAGAGACUGUUGGUUCAGAUUCAAGGCAGAGACCGUGGUUGAGCCUCAGGCAGGCUGCAGAAGAUGUCAAUGUUACUUUUGAAGACCAGCAAAAGAUAAACAAAUUUGCCCGGAACACAAGUAGAAUCACAGAGCUAAAGGAAGAAAUAGACGUAAAAAAGAAACAACUACAGAAUUUAGAAGAUGCCUGUGAGGACAUCAUGCUUGCGGAUGACGACUGCCUAAUGAUACCUUAUCAAAUCGGCGAUGUGUUCAUUAGUCAUUCUCAAGAAGAAACACAAGACAUGUUAGAAGAAGCAAAGAAAAAUUUGCAAGAAGAAAUUGACGCCUUAGAAUCCAGAGUGGAAUCAAUUCAGCGGGUGUUAGCAGAUUUGAAAGUUCAGUUAUAUGCAAAAUUUGGGAGCAACAUAAACCUUGAAGCUGAUGAAAGUUAAACAUUUUUUUAAUACUUUUUAAAUUUGUUUAGUAAACUUGAAUAUUGUUUAAAAUGAUAAUUUCCCUUCUUCAAAUGAUAUGGAAAGUAAACUUUCUUUUUAAAAAACUCAUUUUAUUUAAUGGAAACUUGCCUAUUUUGACAUCCUGCUUAUUUAUUUUGUAUUUUUUAAAAGACAGUGUUCCUUGUGUAUUUUGCGUCACAGUUACUCAAGGGCAGGGGCUUUAUGUCAUGUUAUUAAAAUCGGUUCAGCAAUCCUCCGCGUUUCCAUGCUGUCAUUUAGAAGA